ACACUCGGGUCGCGCCCGCCUGGCGCCCGCACCCGUGAAUGAUCCAGGAUCCAGUGGGUGGGGGGCGUGCAUGUUCUCCCGUCUCGUCUGCUACUGCUCCAUCGCUCUUCAUUCAUUCAACUAUUCUUCGACUACCGGUUUAUCUGAGAUGUUUGUGUCAAAGCAAUUUGUUCGCUUUUUUGGUUCCACCACUUCGGUGUGGAACACAAGCAAAAGCCAUCUUGCACAGCUUCGCAAGAAAACUGGAUAUACAUUUUCUAACUGCAAAAAGGCGCUUGAUAUGCACAAUAAUGAUUUAGAAAAGGCCGAAAAGUGGCUUCAUGAGCAAGCUCAAGCUUUGGGAUGGACAAAAGCAACCAAUGUUGGAGGAAGAAAAGCAUCAGAAGGCCUUAUUGCAAUAGUGAUCAAUAAGAAUCAUGGAGCCAUGGUGGAAAUGAACUGUGAAACAGAUUUUGUCUCUCGUAAUAGUUCAUUUCAGACUCUUGCUAAUCUAAUUGCCAAAUCUUGUAUUAGUAUAGUUCCUCAAGUUUGCAAUACAACAAAGUCACUUCAUAAGGAAAUUUUGGAUGGGAAAGCAGUGGGUAGUUUGGCUGCACCUGAUGGUAAAACUCUAGCAGAUCAUGUUGCCCUUCAAAUCGGCAUUUUGGGAGAGAACAUGGUUUUAAAACGGGCAGUUUUGAUUUCAGUCAGUGAUAAAAUUCUCUUGUCAGGUCAUUCACAUCCUGCUCCCCAAGAUCCAAACAGCCCUCUCUUAGGAAAAUAUGGUGCAAUAGUUGCAUAUCACCCUAAAGACAAUGAGCCUUUAACUGAUGAAACUCAAACUAUAGGAAGACACCUUUGCCAGCAUGUUAUUGGUAUGAAUCCUAAGAUAGUAGGCGACUUGGAAAAGGACAAGCCCCAUGAAAAUGCGGAUGAUGAAAAAACUAUGAUCUAUCAGGAUUACAUCCUCGAUCCUGAAACCAAAGUUCAAGAGAUUCUUGAUGAAAACAAUAUUGCAGUUGUGGACUUUAUUCGGUUUGAAGUUGGGGAAGCAGAAACAAGUAAUGAAGAGCCAUCAUCUGUGAGAGCCCAAGCAUAAAAGCUUUUUAAAAUAUCCCGAGUUAGGAUGUGAUAAUUUCUCAAAAAUUUUCUGAAACAAUCCUCAAAGAGUUGUUCUUUAUGAAAAGAAAAUAUGAAGUACUUCAUACUGAUGUAAUGAGGAAAUGGAAAGUGUUUGAAGAAUGAAUAAUCCAAUAUUAACAAAACAGAAACCAUCUAAUAUUUAAUUUUUGUACAGUUUGUUUUUAAACCAAAGGAAUUAUCUCUAUGUACAGAUGCUGUUUCACAAUUUGUAAGCAGCAUUUUCAAUACUGGAAACUGAUUUACUCCCCCUCUGCUGUUAAGUUGUGCCAUACAAUUUAACAUUUUGUCCUGAAAAUAUAUACAGCAUUUCAGCUUUAAAAUUUA